AUGGAUAAACUAUUUGUUGGGCAAAGAAAGAAUGGAGCUUCAAUGACUAAGAUCGUCUGGACACUUGGACCGGAGUCUAGCUCUGUUGAGAUGAUCGAGAAGCUUCUCAAAGCUGGUAUGAAUGUAGCCCGAUUCAAUUUCUCUUAUGGUUCUCACGCAUACCAUCAAGAAACUCUCAAUAACCUCAGAAUCGCCAUACGCAACACUGGCAUUCUCUGCGCCGUAAUGCUCGACACAAAGGGUCCUGAGAUACGAACUGGUUUUCUCAAAGAAGGAAAACCAAUAGAACUAAUCCAAGAGCAACUCAAGCCUGGUGACGUGAUUUUCUGUUCUGACGGUAUCGUCUCUCUAACUGUCUUGUCCUGUGACAAGCAUCUCGGUAUUGUUCGCUGCCGAUGCGAGAACUCUGCUCUUCUUGGGGAAAGAGAGAAAGUUCAUCUCCCUGGGAUUGAAGUUGAUCUCCCUACACUUACAAAGAAAGAUAAAGUGGAUAUUCUUCAAUGGGGAGUUCCGAAUAAGAUCAAUAUCAUUGCUCUUUCCUCUGUUCGUAAAGGAUCUGAUCUAGACAAGGUCAGGAAAUUGCUUGGGGUACACCGUAAGAGCAUCAUGCUUAUGGCAAAGGUUGAGAAUGAAGGAGUGACAAAUGUAGAUGAGAUUUUGGAAAAAGCUGAUGCACUCAUGGUGAUUUGA